UUAGGUAAGUAUUUAAAUCUAUUUACAAAACAUAAUCCAAAGAAUCUUGCUAAUUCUUUCUAUGAAAAAUAAAAAAUUAAUCAAACUGACAUCUGACAGUUUAUAGAGCUAGGCAAUUCCUACAAAAGGAAGACGGGUAAAGAAAACCAAACGAAACAUGAAUACAGAAAAUCGUUACCCGGUCACGGCGUCUAUGUUCAUGUUGAGGGAGAUAAUCCAUCGCCAGGAGCAAGUAAAACGUGGGUAUCAGCUGUUGAAACGGAAAGCCGAAGCUCUACGUAUAAGGGGCAGGCAAGCGACCGCGGAACUAGCUUCCACUCAAGCCAUCUUGGGUCAUACGCUAAAGGAAGCUUAUAUAUCUCUGGCAGCAAUUAAAUUCACUAAUGGAGAGCCUAAUGCUUUAGUUCUAGAAAAUAUUGGGCAAGCUCAAGUCCGUGUUCAACGUAUAUCUGAAAACAUCUCUGGUGUGGCGACUGUAUCAUUGCAAGCGGUUGAGGACUUGACCGUUGGCGAUGUUUUCCGUUACGCCGGCCUCGGAGCUGGUGGCCACCGCACCGGGGAGGCUAAGAAGGCAUUUAGAGAAGCGAUCCGCAUACUCGUUAAGUUUGCCUCACUUAGAAAUACUUGUAUACUCUUGGAUGAGGCAAUUAGAACUACGCUCAGAAAAGUAAAUGGUAUUGAGAAAAUAAUUAUGCCAAAAUUACGUAACACCGAGAAUUAUAUACUGAUGGAAAUGGACGAAAGGGAGAGGGAAGAGUUUCAUAGACUGAAAAUGGUAAAAGCGAAGAAGAUUCGAAGUCAAACCAUCGCGAAACUGCGUCCCGAACUACCCUGUGGUGAUAACGGAGAUUCUAGUGUCUCAAGUGAUGCAUCCUCGUCGCGUAUUCGUUCGCUGGAGCAUCUUACGAGUAUUUUACACCCCUGCACUGCACCAUUGUCAACCAGCACCGAUUCGAUGGGGGAUAUCAAGCCAGAUCCAGCGUGCUACCCUCAUAACUGGGACGAUGAUGACCUAUUGUUUUGAAGCUUUUUAUCAAGUUUUCAAGUAUUUGUUUCUCAAUACUAUUGGUAUUAUGUAAUAAUAAUAAUAACUUCAUUAAAAUAUGAAACGCACAAAAUUCCUUAAAAUGUGGUUCCCACAUAGGUCUACACUGUAUCUGGGAAGCCUUUUAAAUUACGUACAUUUGUAAUUUUGUAUUAUUAUAUCAUAUUUAUUGGAUAGUUACAUUUUAAAGUUUUUGUAAUUGUUGUUUGUUUGCGCGUGCGUGUUUAUAUCUGAGUAUAAAAGCUCUAAACUCUAAGUGAUAAGACGGGACCAUUUUUUUCAAUGUUUCGUGUAAUUAAACAAAUUUCUCAGAGAUAUUAUGAAUAUAAUAUUACGUAGGAGUAUAUGUGCCAUACAGGAACAAAUUAUCAAAAUUAUUUCGUCUGAUUUGGGAGAUUGUAAUUUACUCCCUAUUGGUUAUAUUAUUUUAUUGUAAGAAUGGUAUACAAAUAUUAAUUUACUCAUAUCCAUAGGCUAUAGUGACUGUGACUGUUUACCAUCAAAUGGGCUUUAUGCUUGGUUUCUGUUGCAUAAAUGUAGUAAUGUAUUAUCUGUUGGUGAAUCUAUGGUUCUGUAACAUUAUUAAAACAAAAAUAAAAAAAAAAAAAACUUACCAAUGGUCUGUUCCAAAAUGGAGUUUUAUUGAAUAAUUCCCGCCUUCGUGGUAUAAAAAAAUCUUAAUUGCGUGUCAGUGUAUGGAUCUUUAUAUGUUAUAACGGUUAUUUUAAAAAUAAGUAUUAAAAUACUGCGCAGUGGUGGAUUAACGUGGUGGGGGGUCUCUGUUCCUGAUGAGCCUUCAAACGCU